CUCCCCUCAGCGCCUCCAAUAUCGCUUCUUAUUCUCUUAUUACAGUGUUCUUUCCUUAUUGCCUGCGCCUGGGAAUAUCGAAGCGUGCGCUAGAUGCGAUCUGAACCGGUGACACGCAUCGCUUCCCGCAGCAAUGCCUUCACGGACAUCCGUGACACUGUCCUCCAGUUCCUAAUCGAUACUGUCGCCGUGUUCUGCUUAUUGAGCGAUGCGAGGAGCCAGACUCAGCAUAACCGCUGCAAUGUAUGUAACCGAUCAGCGCAUUUAUCCAGAAAGUCAUAACAAUUACGCGGAUAAAAACGCCUCGGGACACACGAUGAGGAGAAAGAUAACUAUGAAGUUCGUUGGCCAUGUCUAAGGUUGCAGGAAAGAAGCUGCACUGGCGCUCCAAAGUGCAGGAGACUUUCAUACCGCUGGUUGGCGGCUCUGGAGAGUUGGGAAUUGCCAUCGGAGGCGGGGCCGAUUAUGGAGAGUUCCCAUUCGUCACGGCUGCGCCAGGGGGAGGGAUCACAGUUGGCGAUAUCAUCAUAGAAAUCGGGGGAACUCCUGUUUUGGGCCUGACUUUAGGAGAUGUGCGUGGGCUCCUAAACUCCUGCCCCCAUCCAAUCCGUAUCAAAUCAGUGUCUCCAGGCUCAACUCUAUGCAAGGAUCUAAGGUUAUACCUGAGCAAAUGUUUCACACCGGGUUCCAUGGACAGUCAACUCCAGCAGGUGAUCCGAGAAAACCUCUACUUGAGAGCCGUGCCCUGUACGACUAGACAGCCACGAGACGGCGAGAUCACGGGAGUCGACUAUAACUUUGUGUCCGUUGAGGAGUUCUUCUCGUUGGAGGAGUCGGGGGCGCUGUUGGAAAGUGGAAAGUUCAAAGGGAACUACUACGGAACCCCUCGUCCUGUUCACAUCGGUCCAGAAAGCCCUCCCAUCACCUACCAGGAGCACCGCAACCUGCUGAGAAACUUCCGUACCCGUAGCAAGUCCCUCAGCAACCUGGAGAAGGCAGGCGAGGAGGGCGACAACAGUGAGGAGGACUCAGGUCUAUCAGGUGGUUCGCUUGGGGCGAGCAGUGCCCCCGUACCCACUUCAUCCCCCAGCCAAUCACGAAAUUCAAGUGGAGGAGACGGCAGUGCCUUGGAGAAUGGGCUCGGACCUCGUAGAGGAGCACGGGUGACAGGGUCAGAAAACUGGGAGAUGAUGUACAGCGACUCAGGGAAUGCCUAUUACAAAGACCAUCAUCUAAAGCCAUCCUCUUGGCUUAAUCGCCGAACUCACAGCAGAGAGAAUGUCUGUAUGUCAGAAUACAUUUCAAAUUCAUGCAUUUGGCAGACACUUACAGACUUACAAAGCUACUUACAGUGCAUUCAAGUGGCAGAGUUUACAGACCAGCCGGGUGAAUUGAGAGGCUUCUCGGUUCACACUCGUUUGGUGAAGGGUCCACGGGGCUUUGGCUUCAACAUAGUGGGAGGCAGCAGGCGGAGGGAGUUCCUGCAGAUUUACAGCAUCACCCCUGGAGGACCUUCAACACUUAACACAGCGGACAUUCUGGUGUACAUCAAUGAUACCUGUGUGCUCGGCUUCUUUCACAAAGAGGUAGUGGAAAUCUUGAAAGCCAUACCGGUGGGUCAUACUGUGGAUGUUGUAGUCCGUAGGGGCUACCCUAUGCUCUAUAACUCUGACGGCUGCCCGAAGAUGCCCAAUUCUAGGCUAAUGGCUUCCCAAGACCAGUCACUACAUCUGCCUCCACCAACCACCACCCAACCCCAGGCCCAGGCUCCUCUCCCAUACGCACAGCUACACCUCAACCACAACGGUCCCAUGUGGUCUGAAUUUGAGAGGGGAUCCUCAAGGAAUCUCAGAGUACGGGCAUCAAGGUUCAGUCUGGAUGCUAAUGGUAAUUCACCUCCGAUCGCUUCACCUCAAAGACCUCCAUCAUCAUACCAGUACUCUAACGGGUAUGGGAGUGGAUUCCUGAGACCGCCACGCACUGCAAGAAGCAUAAGGAGGUUACAGAGUGCAGAACUAGCCAGCCAGAGUGACAGUGAGGUGGUGUCCGCGAUUGGAUCACAUAGGGCCUCGUUUAUCCGUAACCACAACAACAACUCUCUCUCCACUCCGCCACCUCUCCGCCUGUACUCCUUCAAAUCUUCUGAGAGUGACCUUUCCUCAAGUACUCCACCGCCCAUAUCUCGAUUGCCCCUACCCCACACAGAACUAAGUCCGGGUCCCGUCCCUUACUCUCCUGGAGGAGGAAGGCGCUACUCCCAUCUCCGUAAACCACAAAAUACACUGCUAACCCCACCUAGCAGCGCCCAUUCAGACGGGCCUUACUUCACCUUCAACGGCACAGCCAGUGCCAGCAGCGGCAGCCCAAACAGCAUUCCUUCACCUGGAGCCAUGAGCGCUGUGAUUGGAAGUGGAGUUGGAGGAAUAGCGGGAAGUGGGGAAUUAGUCCCUGUUGCCUUGGCUAAAUGCGAGAGAGGCAGCAAUAUGGGGUUCAGUGUGACGGCAGGAGGUCAUGGAGGCAGACAGACCCUUGUGAAGAAAGUCUGGGACCACAGACAGUGUAAUGGGCUGCAGUCUGGAGAUGCAAUUGUGAAGAUCAAUGGAGCAGAUGUACAAAGUCUCAGCUUUGCACAGGUCCAAAGGAUUUUGCAAGAACACACUAAAAAAGGGGAGGUUAUUCUCCUGGUUUACAGAGGGGGGACCUCCCAUUUCUCCAAUUCCCCUAAUUCUGUGCGGCGACUAACUCCUCCCCCUCCUCGGUCCGCCUCUGACUCUGAAGUCCCUCUUAUCGACUCUGUGCCAUUAUCGCGUAGCUCUCUUACUCCACCCUCUCCAGCGCUGGUGCGCUCCUCAUUGGUCCAGAGCACCAGCUUCCUGGAUUCUGUACCUGUCACUCUCACGCUUGAGCCACGUGAUUGGAUGAGUUUGGAAGAAGGAGGGACGGUGCUCAGUCCCAGAUUAAGAACAGAGCAGAAAGAACAGCCUGUGCUACGGGGGUAUGAGGUAGAGCUGAAGAGGAAGCCAGGUGAAGGCUUUGGAUUUGUUAUCGCCUCUCAGGAUGUGGAAAAUGUCAAAGCAGCGUCUCUGCUGCCUCACAGGUUUGUGACGGUCCGCAGAGGCAGCCCGGCGGCUCGCAGUGGUCAGAUCAGGCCUGGGGAUCGUCUGGAAGCUGUGGAUGGGAGAUCAGUGGUGAAUUUACCUCACAGAGAGCUGGCUCAGAUCCUGAGGAGAGCUGGAAACACACUCCGCUUGACCAUCGUACCCCGCGCCAGCGCUCAUUCCUCAGAGCGAGCAGAUAAUGACUCUGAUUAUAAGAACAGGAAAACUCACAGGUCAAAACCAAAGCAGGACGCCACACGGUACUAUAGUGUGGAACUGGAGAGGGGGUCCACUGGAUUCGGCUUUAGUCUGAGAGGAGGAAGUGAAUACAACAUGGGACUCUAUGUGCUGGGACUGAUGGAGGGAGGACCGGCCUCACGCAGCCACAAAAUACAGGUGAGCGAUCAGCUGGUGGAGAUCAAUGGAGACAGUACAACAGGAAUGACUCACAGUCAGGCUGUGGAGCAGAUCAGGACCGGAGGAACCAGGAUACACCUCGUGUUUAAAAGAGGAAAUGGAUACGUCCCUGACUACGACCCUGAUGACGUCACAGCCGUCUCCUCCUCACCCCAGGCCCUGCAGUCGGGUUUGGCUUCAGUAACCCGUCGCCGUGCUCAACAGGAUGCCAAAUCCAGCGUUCAAAAACCAGGGAAGACCAAACGAGGGCGGAGAGUACAAAGGGAAGGUGACGGAGGAGACCGCGAAAGCCCUGACAGUCUCGAGGGUGGGGGGCGAAGGUCGAGAGACAAACGGUCACAGAGCUUGCCUAGAAACACACUUAGAGGGCAUAGUGAAGAACACUUGGAGGGAAGUGUUGAAAGAAAUGGGAGAAAGAAGGAAAAAGGUAACGAGAGAAGGGAAGACAGGUCAGGACGGAGCAAGAGUGAAGAGAGGGUGAGACGGGUGGAGAGAACGAGUGAAGGGGACGAGAGCAAGAACAAACAAACCAUCAAUAACCAGAGACUUCCUGAGCCUAAACUUCAGUGGGAGGAAGAUGAGGAGGACGAUGAGUGGGAGAGAGAGAGAGAACGAGAGUGGACGAGAGAGAGAGAAAGGCUGAAAGACAAAGAAUGGGAGGAGGAGGAGGAGGAGGAGAGGAAAUCAGAGAGCGACAGGGAAUGGGAAAGAGAAAAGGAGAGAAGGGCGAAUAAGGAAGCGCUUGAGUGGGAGCUGAACAAAAAAACUGAACGAGGGAUUCCAGGCGAAUUGAACGGAGAGCAAGAAAUUAGUUUUCAUAAGCGCCUGCGUUAUUUGGGCGUCCGUGUGCUACCUUCAGACAUUCAGCCCCGCACACUUCGACCCUUAUCUGGCCUCUCAUCGGAAGGGCCAGCAGGGGACGCUGAGUUCAAUCGGACCCCGUUCGCUUUCCUCACGUCUGGGCCGUCCGACUACGCAGAGUCCGAGUCAGGAGCCAGUGUGUCUGAGUGUAGCAUGUCUGCGGCCAGUAUCUCUGGUCUCUCUGUUUAUCUGAAUAACUCAAAAACCACACAAAGGGCCCCGGGCCCCCCACUUCCAGGCCCCUGGCUAAAACCCAGCUCAAAGAGAAUCAUUAGAGAGGCUGAGAGGAUACGAAUGCUAGGGAAAGGUAGAGGAACUGAAACAUGAUUUAUGAUCUCUUUUACUGUUGCUCAUACUUAUGUUUUAAGUCGCAUCGAAA